AUGAACCUCGCCUGGCCUCUAGGACGUCGGGUGAAGAUUAACCUGGAGUACAGAACACCUUUUGUGUUUACUGGCAGCGGGGGGUCGGCCCCACCCCGACAAGUCCCGGAGGAAGAUGAAGGUUCGGAUCUCGAAUCAUGGGAUGAAGAGUGCGCGGGUCCCCCAACCCCCUCAGACCAAAUGUCUCCGCCCCUGGCCUCCCCUGGAAAAUGCCUAGACAUGACGACAGAAAGCGUGAGGCUAGGGACACCACCCACCAACACACCGCCUUCUCACAACAACAACAACAACAACAUCAUUAAAAACGCCCAUCACCGCCCAUCUGGGACUGACGCCCCCCACGACUCCACCCUUUCAUCAUGUGAUACCAUUGACCACACCGUGCUUUCUGGGAAUAUUUCCCACAAUGGUGACUACCUCCCCUUGGACUACACCAACAUGGGGAACACAAAAAGUGACCAAAGACCUACAAACGUGACCUAUGCUCCUAAUGCUAUUUAUAGAUCCACCGAGAAGUUUUCUGUGAAAUCCAUUUUAUCCAAUAAAAAUCAAGCUUUCUGUGACGUCAGGAGCUGUGGGGAUUCCCCGACGGCUGUAGCCGGGAUUGUGUGUGACGUAGUGAACAGCCACAUCCACACCGAGGCCGACGUCUGCGGGAGGCAGAGCGGCUACGUCAUGGAGAGUACCGAGAGCAGGAGGAGGAACUUCUCCUCCUCCUCCCUGCCCCUGAGCCUCAUGUCCUCCACCAUCGAGGAGGUGGACGACGGCGACAAUCACGUGACCCUCGCCAACGCCUACAGCAGCCAGAGGUCGCACUCCUACGGCGGCACCGCCACGCCCACAGCUAAAGUGCCAUUCCGUGCCUUACGCCGCGAGGCCCGGGUGCCCAGCCUGGGGUCGCCCCCUCGGGCCAGGCGCCCCGGCCCCCUGACGGGCCUCGUCCGCUCAGCCAGCGACAACACCAACAAAGUCGCGCGGCUCCGUGACGUCGACAUCGUCGGCGAGAGCUUCGAGUCGCGGUAUCCAUGGCAACGCGACGUCGGGGUCCAGUGCUACAUGCCCGAGGACACCGACUUCCACCCCAACCUGCAGCGGGCUAUGUCCGGCCCGGCCAUGUACACCUACUUCCGGUCUCUGUCGAUGACGUCAAACAGCCCGGCGUCCAGCCCCCCACAGACGCUCCGCCGCUCCACAAUCCAGAACCACACACGUAGUUGUUCCCAGUCGGAUUUGAUCCCGCAGUACGCCCCGUACAGCGAGACGACGUCACACAUGUACCAGCGGCGGGCGCCACUUAACCGCAGCAACAGCGUCAACACCGCCGUCAACGGCUCCGACGCUUCCGGAACUUUCUCUUUCAGCGUCAAAAGAGCCAACUUCUGGCGCCGUCCACGCCCUAACUCUAUGGGUGCGGUAGAGAACAUCAGAUACCAGCACGAACUGACCAAAUUCCGAGAACUCCACAACACUAGACGUGACCGGAAGAGCGACCCCCAGCUAGUACUGUCCCCAGGGGGUCGGCGGCGGGUAGCUUUAGGAUACCCGGAUGAGUCAGGGUCAGUGUCUGACCUGGAGUCCAUUUUGGAAAACCCAGGAGACAGACCUUGGGACAUUUCAAGGCAGACCAGCGUGACGUCGAUCGAUUACGACGAUGACGUCAUCCGUUACAUGGAGGGCGCGGACAACGGAUCGGAGUACGCGGAGGACUACCGGAUGAGGGAGGACGUGCUCCCCUCCCCUCCCAUCUCCCCCCGGAUGUGGGCGACGUUUGAUGACGACGGUGACAUUGCCGACAGCGACGAAUCCUUGAAUAUAUUGGACGACGUUGGCUCCACACUCAAGCCUAAAUUCUACAAGCUACGGCAGCCAAGACGACUGAGCUCGGGUUCAAUUACCAGCGAUGCCGAGAGUGAAGCCACUGAACCAGAUCCUCCCGUCGUUAGACGUGGGAGGCGAGCCGCCAUUUAUGAAACAAAGAAUUGUGGAGAUGUUUCACCUACCACCUUGUCACCUGAGGUGUCUCCGAGCAAUUCGUGUGACGAGGGGGAAGGGGCGAGUAACAUCGCAGAGCGCCUGCGCAGACGCCGGAGUUCCGUGGACCUUGCCAUGAACAUCUACCCCGGGGAUCUCCUGGUACAGGAGCAUCACAAGAAGCUCAUCAAGCGGAACACGAUAGCAGACUUUUACGCCGCGGGUCGGCAGCCUAACGGGGUGCCACUACCCCCAGGCGCACAGCCCGGGGGUGACACCACAGACGUGGCCAAAAAAGGAAGGCAGCCAUUUUCUCUUCUCAAACUGAUGAAAACGCGCAGCAAAGAAUCUCUAACCAAGCUGGAUGAGAUCCUGAAACGUCUGAAACCCUCAGAGUUCAAGGACAACCAUCUCGCAGCAUAUAAGUCCCUGCACUGGUCAGACCUGAUCGCCAGCACAGACAAGCAACAGAACAGUCAGCUGACCAGCAUCACUGACACGGAGAGGAAGAGGAGGGAGGCGGUCUGGGAGCUCUUCAAGUCCGAGUGUGUCUUCCUCAUUGACCACUUGAUGGUUCUCAAACAUUGUUUCAUGGAGCCCCUCAAGAAGGUUCAGGUAGAGGGGAGCCUCAUGUUCGCAGAGCCACAAGAUCUCUUUGGUAACUUGGACGAGCUUUCCUAUGUAAGUUACACCUUCUGCAAAGAUUUUAUUGCCGCCCUACUGAAAGAUAUGAGCAUCACCGACUUUGGUCGAACAAAUGUAUUGUUGAAAGCGUUUCAGAGGUUCUCUGCUCAUUCCCGAGAUGGCGCCGUCUACCAUUCCUACUGCCUCAACUACGCCAACGCUCUUUCUUACCUGGAGAAGCUGCGGGCCAACUCAGAGUUCGCCGAGUUUGAGAAAUGGUGUGAGCAAGAUGCAAGAUGUAACCGGCUGCAGUUGACGGAUCUGUUGGUAGCUCCCAUGCAGCAUUGUACGAAACUACCACUGCUACUCCAUAACGUUCGCAAGUACACGGCAGACGAGGACGAGAGACAGCAGGUGGCAGAGAGCAUAGAAAAAAUGGAAGCCUCCCUAAAACAACUGGAGGAAAAAAUGAAGUGGAUAAAAAAUUUUGAGAGAGUUCAGGAGAUUCAGAGACAGAUCGUUUGGCCGACCGUGACGGAGCUUGACCCCAGAUGUGUCAUUCCAGAGAGUUUAAAGCCAAGUUUGAGCAAACAGCCAUGUGAAAGGUUAUUAGCAUGUCCAAAGAGGCAGCUGCUCCAUGAAGGGCAGAUCACUCUUGUUGAAACACCAAAGCCAUUAGAUAUACACAUGUUCCUAUUUGAUGACAUCUUGCUAAUCACCAAGGUCAAAAAGGUUCCAAGAAAGUCCAAGCAGUCGUCAUCUGACAUUCAAACAUCUGGACAGUCAGACAGAGCAUCCUACAUUGUCCUGAGGCAGCCCCUAGCUCUAGAUAGAUUCACAAUACACGAUAUAUCCCCAUCAGAUGCCGCAGUGAAUGGGUUGAAACACUGCUUUGUACUUGUUCACAUCUCACGCUACCAACAAAUUACUGGCGUCUUCACAUUUCAAGCGGCAUGCGAUGCCACAAAAAACACCUGGCUGACCCAGAUCAGGGAUGCUAUGGAGGCUUACGCUAAAGCUGCCACCAGCAGGAACAGCUCGUUUAAGGAGAACAGAGAUCCAAAGGUGGAAGAGAAGGAAGUAGCGCCUCGGCCAAGGGACAAAGAUAGGACAGAAAUCAAUUACCAGAACUCUAAUGCCCCACGAAGAUUUCUUAGUGGAAGUCUGAAAAAUGUGCCAACAAAGUCUCGAUCCAUGGAUGCAGUGUUUAUUUGAUGAUUUCUCUUUGUGAUAGUUUAUUAAAAUUCUCUUUGGGAUUGUUUAUAAAAUUUGUGUUUAAAUUUGGUAAAAUUCUAAAAUGGAUAUUUUAGAAAUGCUUCUAGGAAAUGGACAUAGAGAAUUGACUUAUUGAGACAUGGGAUGUUGCUGUCUGAUAAACCAGUCCUUUUGAUAGAUCAGGCAUGCAUCAAAUUUGAUAGGCUGUCAAAUAAACCAAAAAAUCCAUUAAAUUUGACAAAGUGUCAACUGCCAACAUCUUAACUGGCCAGUUUAUUGCCGGCUGCACAUGCCCAUACAGAAAUGUGAUACUUGUGUGUAUAUGUAGUGCUUUGCUUCAUAACAUUCACUAGUCUACAAAUCUUCACAACUUCAUGACAACACUGAAAUGUAUCAUUUGUUUUGUUUUUAUCUCUGGCUAGAGAACUUUUUUAAUGGAGGACAACUCUGUUUCACUAGUUCAAAAUGUUUUGGAAAUAGUAAACAAUAGAUAAUGAGCAAACAAAACAGUGUGAAAUUCUAUUUUAAAUAUUGGGAGUAAACACAAUAAAAAUCAAGUUUCUUGGAUUUACUACUGAAAUUUUCUAACACUGGAUCGUGUUUUAUUUCUACACUCAAUAGAUAACAUCGUUUUUGUUUCUACACUCAAUGGAUAACAUAGUUUCCGCAAACUGUUUGAGAUCUGUGUAAAUAUUUUACCAAAGGAUAGCUACACUCAUGACUUAGUUUUUUUAAUUUUAUUCCACACAGCUAACAAAAAUAAAUAUAUUUGUAAUUGUCUUACAAACAUUUAUCUUUGUUUAAUUUCAGUUUUGUAUCUUUUUGCUCACUUAUUAGCUUUGCUCACUAAUUUUCCAUAAUAAAUAUUAUUUGUACUUAAAACCAACAAUUGUACAAUCCAAUACAGUACAAUUUGUUCCAUUUCUUCAAUGCUUUAUAUUAGUUAAAUGUUUUUAUUUUAUAAGUAAUCUUGUUUUAUUGUCAACAACGUUCUUUUUUAAACAUUUGUUUUAAAAAAAAAUUGAAAUUAUAAGAAAACACACAUUUGCACUACUGUAGGCUUACUUAUGUUCUGAUUAGAAUACAAAAUACAAUACCUCAUCCACUUCCCAUUGUCUUGCCAGCCUUAACUUCCUACUAUCAUUAAAGAGCUAUUAAACACAUUAGUUUCUGCUCAUCAUUGAUAAUGUAUGAAAAGAAAAUGAUGUCACCAUCACAUCUAAGACCUCAGAUGAACUAAAUAAAGUAUACGUUUUCAUUAUUCUUCAACAACAUAGUGUAGACAUUUGACAUAAUUUUCCAAACUUCUUAACAUAUUGCCAUGCAAACACCUAAAGUUAUCAAAUAUUAUUGCAUCUCUAAAAACUUGACUGCAAUUUAUUUUGUUGCUGCAAAAUAUCUUUUAUACAUAUUUAUAAAAAUAACAAGUUUAAUAUUUAUCUAUAUAUACAUAUAUUUGUAGAUAUCUUAAUAUAAAUAAAUGUGUACAUAUGGAUGUAUAUAUGUAUGUAUUCAUUGCAUCUGUCUUUAUGUGUAUUUGUAUAUAUAGGCUUAUAUAUAUAUAUGUGUGUUUACAAAAGAACACCAUGUAUGUGUAAAGUGUAUAAAGUUACUAUCUGUAAAUAACUGCGCCUCUGAAGCUAACUCCAACAAUGUAACUAGUUUGUUCAGCUAAUAUCAAGUAUUCUCUUUGUACAUUUAUUUUUUUAUUUAUUUUUCUCUUACUGUAUCCCUGACCCGCAUGUCUUUCAAACUGACUCCCAUUGUAGGAUCAAUUUUUCAAAAUCAAUUUUGGAAGAUCUAUUUUGGUCAUUAAUUUUUGGAGAUAAAAUUAGAAAAAUCAAUCUUGUAAAAUCAAAUUGUAAACAAUUAGCUUCAAUAAUUUCUAAUCAAACAAAAUACAGAAAUUGUGUAAUUAAUCCUAGACAUGCUAAUACUAAAUUGCUUUGGAAGAUUAUUUUUACAAUUGGUUUUUUUUUCUUGUGAUUGCACUUCAGACAGUGAUUACCUUUUGUAAACAGCUACAUCAUAGCCUUGGUAAUCUUACAGCUAGCCAUUAUGUGGGGGUAGGACAGUCCAGCAAUUAAUGCUAGUAAUCUAGUAGUUCUACCAGGAAAAAAAAAAUUUGUUUUAAAGAAAAUUAUUUUUUUUAAUUAGUUUUGAAACAUUUUUAUACUUUGUGUUGAACUUAUCUUUCUUGUAACAAAGUUCUCUGACAAUGAAUUUUAUAACUGUGAUUAUUACUUUAUUUGUAAAAUAUUUGCACAUAAAAAUUACAAAAGAAAACAUUCCUGCACAGUUCUGCCCAUUUGUGUGGUAAUCAAUAGUAACCACUUGGAUUAUUAUAAAACUAAAAUCAUGACCUAGGUACUGGAUGAAACAAAUAAUGUUAUUACAGUGUUUGGUGUAGUCAAGUUUUAUCUCAGAGGAUUUUUUUUCCUUUAUUCGAUGGGAUUAAAUACAACACGUUCUCUGUCAGUCAGGAAUAAAAUGGAGUCAAAAUUCAAUAUUGCUAAGGCUGCCCAGUCUAAAUAUCUGCCACUACUUAACUCACUACAGUGCAAUGCUGGCACCAAAAGCAAGGAUAUAACAACAUUUGAAAUAAGCAGGUUCACAAACUUAUCAAGGAGAAACUAUGUUAUGUACAUUUUGUCUUUUUCUAAAAGCAACUUUACUUAAAAAGAAAAUAUAAAAAAUAAUAGUAGGGUUGGCAAGGUAAUAUUGGAAAAACUCCUUUAUAAUUCUAUAACAGUCAGUCAAAUGAAUUAGGACCAAAACAAGUUAAUACUUUUUGAAGUGGAAAUAAAUUAAGGACCAUUUUCUAGAAUAUGUUGGAUAAUUUUUUUUAUUGUGAAAAAUCCCUAAUUGUAUUUUUUUUU